AUAUUUUGCUGCAAUGUUUACAUCCUAUACUGUGUGCAUUAACUGGGAUGUUGCAGGAACCAGUACAGCCAGAGACCCCUGGUCUUCCAAUACCAGUGCUGUGAGGAAGGAUGCUACGGUAGGCCCAGCAGAGACAGGGAGGAGUGUGGUAGAGCAUUACAGAUCAUGUGGCCUUUGCUGUGGAAAUGAUUAACAGAGUGACUACUAAACAGGAGGAACUUAAUGCAAGGGUUGUUACUUUUGAUACUACCUGUAUUUUUAUACUAUUUAUUUAUAAAAUAGUAUAUUAGAUUCAUUCAUUUAGAUGUACCUAAUUUAGAGUUCAGUAUUGUGCUUGAGCACCCCGACUGCAAACCAGAUCAGCUGAUGUUUUUAUCCAGAGUGACUCUUUCUGGAUCAUUUGCAGCAGCUGGAGACUUAAUAUCACUUGUUUUCAAUUUUCUCUCUCCAGUCUCCCUCGUCUCCAGUCUCGUGUCAUGCUACAGGUUUUUACCCCAGUGGAGUAACAAUCACCUGGAUGAGAAAUGGACAAGAGCAUCAUGAGAACGUGGAUCUCAGUGAACUUCUUCCCAAUGAGGACGGGACCUUUCAGAGGACAAGCACCAUCACAGUUACACCUGAUGAGUAUAAGAACAACAAGUUCAGCUGUGUGGUGAAACACCAGGGCAAAACCAAGACAGCAAAUGAGAUCAGGACAAACAAUGCAGAUUCUGCUCCCAUCAGCAUCAUUGUUGGUGUUGUUGCUGUUGUCCUGUUAAUGGUCAGUGGUGUCGCUGGAUAUUUGGUGUAUUGGAAAAAAGAGAAAUUAGGGCCUAACACCUCAGCUGUUGACAGUGCCACAAGUCUACUAUCCUCUGACAGCUCAAGUGUUGAAAACACCAAGGGCCUAAAAACCUGUGACCGACAGCUCAACUGCUAA